UGUACGAAGAGGGCGGAAGUGACGACAUUCGUGGCGGAAGAAAAAAUAUUUAGCGCCAAAGCUUGAGCGGCGGGGCGAGUAACGUCAACAAAAAAGAUGGACGUCGCUCGCAAAAUGAAGUCUAAAGUUUCCGCCGAAUUCAAGAUGCGAGGACUUAUUCUUCGACCUGAGGCUACCAAGUACCUCGUGGAGGCCCUGCUCUCUGUCGAUCCCUCAGAGCUGGAUGAUGUCAUUGGAAGAGUCCUGGAUGCUGUGGAGAAGCAGCCAUUGUCGUCUAGCAUGAUCGAGCAGUCUGUGGUGGAAAAUGCCGUACAGGACUGCUCUCAAUCCUCCGAUGAGGCCCUAAAUAAUGUCUUCAACAUCAUUGGAGCCUUCGACGUGCCCAGAUACAUUUACAAUGCGGAGCGUAAGAAGUUUGUGCCCAUCAGUAUGACCGGUCAUCCGACUCCAAGCUUGUGCGGAGGCGCCAGAGACAAAGCAGAACUUUUUCGUGAGCGCUACACAAUUUUACAGCAGCGCACACGGCGACAUGAGUUGUUCACCCUGCCUGCAAUUGGAGCUCCUGUAGUGGAGAAUCAAAACAAAUUUCAGCUAAAGCCAAUUGAAGCUUUGCUCGGCAGCACGUCCAAGAUGGGAGGUGUGAUUGUGCUGGGGAUGAUCACACAGCUGAAAGAGGGGAAAUACCACUUGGAGGAUCCAACAGGAACAGUAGAGCUCAACAUAUCUAAAGCACAGUUUCAUAACGGACUUUACACAGAAUCCAGUUUUGUGCUGGCUGAGGGUUGGUACGAGGACUCAGUGUUCCAUGUUAAUGGUUUUGGUACUCCGCCAAUAGAACCUUCAUCAGCCACAAGGGCAUACUUUGGCAACGUCAACUUUUUCGGCGGUCCGUCCGCCAUGUCUGUGAAGGCGUCGGCCAAGCUUAAGCAGCUGGAGGAAGAGAAUGAGGACGCCAUGUUUGUUAUUGUCUCGGACGUGUGGCUGGACAACGUGGAAGUGAUGGAGAAGCUCAACCUCAUGUUCUCAGGCUAUGCUGCAAUGCCACCCACUUGUUUCAUCUUUUGUGGAAAUUUCUCUUCAGUUCCUUAUGGAAAAACUCAAAUCAAUUCCCUUAAAGAGUCGCUAAAGGUAUUAGCAGAUAGCAUAUGUGCACAUCCCAGCAUACACAGCAGUAGUCGAUUUGUGUUUGUUCCCGGCCCCGAGGACCCUGGUCCAGGCACCAUCCUGCCACGACCUCCACUGGCCGAUUACAUCACUGAGGAGUUCAGACAGAGGGUUCCUUUCUCCGUCUUUACCACCAACCCAUGCAGGAUCCAGUACUGCAGCCAGGAGAUGGUGGUGGUCAGGGAGGACCUGGUCAACAAGAUGUGCAGGAACUGUGUGGGUUUACCUAACAGCAGUCUGGACAUUCCAAACCACUUUGUUAGAACCAUCCUGUCCCAGGCUCACCUCACGCCGCUGCCUCUCUAUGUCAGCCCCGUGUUUUGGGCGUACGACUACACCUUACGAGUGUACCCAGUCCCUGAUGUUGUGGUGUUUGCAGACAAGUACGACCCCUUCACCAUCAACCACGUCGACUGCCUCUGUGUCAAUCCAGGCUCUUUUCCAAAGAGUGGUUUUACAUUUAAGGUGUACUAUCCAUCUAACAGAACAGUUGAGGACAGUAAACUGCAAGAACUAUAACAAGGACAAUGUUUAAGUGUAAGUCACAUAUUGUACAGUAUGUAAGGUUCUUUUUAAUUGUGCUUUGUAAUGAAUAAAAUAUACUGGUGUACUUUAA